GUCGAGCGCGGCUUCCGCCCGGAGUCCAGGAGUCCUGGCCUGUCGUCCUGCAGGUGUUUCCCGCUUCAGUUAGCAGCCGCCUCCUUGUUCCCAGUUUUGAUUUUCACACCCAACUUCUCAUCCUUCACAUCCCAGUUCCAUCUUCAAGUUACUGCAGAAUCUGAACCCAGGAAAGAAACCCACGUGUUGCCUGUCCACCCGUGGACAGCCAGGUGAGGUUCUCCCCCGGCUUUCGGGCCUCGCCUUUCCCUCUCUCCCACCAGUUCCCCGAAAGCCCUCUACUGCCCCGACCAUGACCCAGAAGCCGAAGGUAGACCCCCAUGUCGGGCGGCUGGGGUAUCUGCAGGCACUGGUCACGGAAUUCCAGGAAACCGAGAGCCAAGACGCCAAGGAGCAAGUACUCGCCAACCUUGCCAACUUCGCCUAUGACCCCAACAACUACCAGUAUCUGCGACAACUUCAAGUCGUGGAUUUAUUCCUCGAUUCUCUGUCGGAAGAGAAUGAGACCUUGGUGGAGUUCGCUAUUGGGGGCCUCUGCAACCUGUGCUCAGACAGGGCCAACAAGGACCACAUUCUGCAAGCAGGCGGCAUCCCACUCAUCACCAACUGCCUGUCCAGUCCCAACGAGGAGACAGUGUUGUCUGCAGUCACCACGCUCAUGUAUCUGAGCUCACCAGGUGCCAGCUCCCACCCUGAGCUGACCUCCACACCUGUGGUCCAGUGCAUGCUGCGCUUCUCUCUGUCUGCUAACACAAGGCUCCGGAACCUGGCCCAGAUCUUCCUGGAGGACUUCUGCUCCCCAAGUCAGGUGGCUGAAGCCCGCAGCUGGCAGGCUCACUCUGCCAUGGGUAUACCACUGCCAAGGACUGAGGCCCCCCAGCAACCCUGACCAGGGCAGCUCCCAGUGCACGGCACUGUUAUUGCUGGGGACCGCAGUCCUGGCACGGAAGUAAGGGAGCAUAUUCUGCCAAAGUGGUGCCUGUUUUACCAUCUUAAAGGUAAAGGUUUUCGGCACAACAGGUGUGAUGAAAAGGCAAGAGCAGUGAGGACGCCGGACUUUGAGACCCGGAGGAAGUCAAAGCUAGUGCCGUCUUCCUGCGCUGACACUCAGCAGACUGGAGAUAAGGGACCUAUCCCCAUGAUACCCACCUCCAGGCGCACACCCUCAUGUCAGAGCUGGGGCCUCUAAAUCAGAGGGCGUGUGGGGAGCAGAGCCGGAAUGAAGGCUUAGGAGUGGUGCCUGUGCCUGAGGAAACGAGAGAUUAGCCCUUAACCGGAGUGUCUGGAGUAAUUCUGAAGUGGACAUGAGAAGUCUCAUCUGAAAGGACCUCACAGGGCAGGGGUGUCGCUCAGUGAGAGUGUGCUUGGCAUGCACAAGGCCCUGGGUUUCACCCAGCACUGCAAGGAAAAAGAAAAAGAACUUAAGACCCGGGAAGCUGAGGUGUCACACCCCUCCCUCCAGGGCUGUGGAGGACCUCCCCCUCAAGUCUCCAGGCUGGCCAUCUGGACACGGUGGACUCUGACCUGUGUAACUCUGUGGCCUGGGAUUAACUGUCUCCACAGCCCUUCUGUCUGGAAGGUACCAUAUAAAGGUUUCAAAGACGAAGAUGUGGCCCCGGACCUUGUGAUGCAGCCCAGCGACUGUUCACAUGUCCAGCAGGCAUUAAGACCAAGGCACUGAGGGUGAUGUCACAUCAGGAUAAAGGCAGGACCCCUGGGAGCUGGCCCUUCUCCCCUCACUCCUCCAAAGCCCCCAGCCAAAAGCCUGGCCCUCCUCUGCUGUCACAGGUAGCAGUCAGGGAGGGGAGGCUUGCCCUGAGAUGUUCCCUCAGGCCCUUGGAUUUCAGGGGCACAAGAGAAAGGGUGAUGCUCAGGCAGAGAGGAAGAGAGGAGCAUGCACCCCACAGUGCUGGUCAACAGAGAGAAGAGUGUGAUCCCAGUGGAAAGUUGUGGUUCAAGAAAAAUGGAGGGUCCUGGCCUCUCUUAAGGCGUACCCCUUAGAUGGCCAUAGAAAGGCCGGGUGAGGAAUGCUAUUCAAGUGGGUGCGGAAGCAGGGGCAGGAGCCACUGGAUGGGCAAGGGAGGGAAGUCCCUUCUUACCAGCCCCUGUUCCAGCUGCACCCACCCAGGGCUCCUGCCCCUCUCCUUUCUCAAAUAAAGAAUUUUAAAAGACCAGACAGUCCAGGUUUUUUAU